UGGAAUGAAUUAAACUGAAAACCAAACCAAAAAUGGAAUAAACACCCAUUCUUUUGUUAAUUAGGAGAUUAGCUUGGAAAAUUGAGUUGGUACUCCGGCUCCGGCCAAUCCCUCGGCAUUGAAUUGGUGGUUAUUGCUAAUCACCUCUUCAAUCAAAAUUCAACUAAUCCACCCACAAAUUUUGCAAUAAGAUUAGCAAAAAACAAAACUUUCCUAAAUUUCGAAAGGGUUUGUACUAUUUCUGAUUUUGAUUCAAUGUCAGUCUUGAAUCAGCUCUUCAAUCGGGGUGUUCUCGGCACGAGAUGCAAAACAUGCUUAAAUUUGGCAAUCUCCCGUAUCAAAUUGCUGCAAAAUAGAAGAGAUGCCCAACUCAAGCAGAUGCGCAAGGAGAUAGCCCAGUUUUUGCUGACUGGCCAAGAGGCCAUUGCCAGAAUCCGGGUGGAGCAUGUUAUACGAGAACAAAACAUAAGGGAGGCAUAUGAGAUUUUGGAAAUGUUCUGUGAAUUUGUUCUUGCACGUGUGCCCGUUCUUGAAAGUCAGAGACAAUGUCCUUCAGAGUUGCAGGAGGCUAUAGCAAGCAUAAUUUUUGCAGCUCCCAGGUGCUCCGAUUUGCCAGACCUCCUGCAAGUUAAAAACUUGUUCACUUCAAAAUAUGGAAAGGAAUUUAUUUCAGCUGUCUCUGAACUCCGGCCUGAUACUAGUGUUAACCGUACAAUAAUUGAGAAACUUUCUGUUAACGCUCCAUCUGGACAAUUAAAACUCAAGCUGCUGAAGGAAAUUGCAAAAGAGUUUAAUGUCAACUGGGACUCUUCAGAAACUGAAGUAGAAUUCCAGAAGAAACAUGACGAUCUCCUGGAUGGUCGGAGGACAAUACCUGUAGAUCAUUCACUUUCUGCACCUCUUAUCCAGGUGCUGCAUCGUAAUUCUUCGCCUUCUAAUGUAGCACAAUCUGUUACGCCUCCAAUUUCAACUGACAAACCAAGUAUACGAGCUCCCCAAACGUCUAGUCAUAAUGGCAACCGGGUUGUAUUGAGUUCCAAUGGGACAAGAGCAUCAAACCAAAAUAGCACAGGGGAAAGUUCUGUUAGUGACAGUAAUAUGGAUACAGGAUUAAAUUCUUCUGACAUCUUAGAGAAAGCCAGAGUAGCCAUUACCUCAGCAGAGCGUGCUUCAGCUGCAGCCAGAGCAGCUGCACAAUUGGCGAAUGUUAAUUUUGGAUCAUUGAAGGUAGAAGGGAAAUCUUGAACGAGUGUGUAUAUAAUUAUAUUGAGUUCUAUUGUAUUUUUGUGUCUUGUUGCAACUAGCGAGCUACUUACGAUCUGGAGCUGCACAUGUGAAUGAUCUGUCUUUUCUGGUGUGAAGGUUGCUGUCUUUCUCCCUUGAUUUAUUCUCUUUUGCAUGGUUGCUCAAGGCUUGUGUAUUUAUAGCAAAUCUCUAAUUCAUGAAUAUUGAAUCCUUGGAUUUGCAGGAGAAGUUUGUUGUGCAGUUAAUUGUACUUGUAAUUGAAAGCUUUCUCAUUAGUUUGAUAUCAGCGAGCUUGCUUCUUCAGUGCAGGACAAUGUAGAAAAGAUCAUUUUUAUUUCA